AUGUCACAGCGCCAAGUCCGCUUCAAUGUCAACGAACUAGUUCGUUGUGCUGCCGAAGCUAUCGGAGCGAAAUCAUGCGUUAGAAUUGAAAAGUAUCCCGAUGGCAUGUACAACAAAAGUAUGCUUCUAACCAUGGAUAAUGGCUCUCACGUUGUGGCCAAAGUUCCAAAUCCAAAUGCAGGCAUACCACAUUUUACCACUGCAAGUGAAGUUGCGACAAUGGAUUUCGCCCGGAAUGCCCUUGGCACUCCUGUUCCCAGGGUCUUGGCUUGGAAUUCUAUGGCCCAGGAGAAUCCCGUUGGUGCAGAAUAUAUUAUCAUGGAGAAGGUUCAAGGAAUCGAGCUCGAGCGCGUUUGGCCAGGUAUGAGUAUAAAAGACAAACUUACUGUUGUAAAGGCCAUUGCUGGUUUCCAGAAAGCUUGGACCUCGGUUUCCUUCAAGAAGUUUGGAGGUUUAUAUUACGCAAAGGAUCUAGACAAAUCAACCGAACAUAAGCCGCUAUACGUCGAUGCAAAUGGGGUUGAUAUCGUAGAUGAAAAAUUCGCGGUUGGCCCAUCUACAGGACGCGAAUCAAUUGACAACAGAAGGGCAACUAUUAAAUUUGACAGAGGACCAUGGAACUCUUUAGAGGAAUAUCACAAUGCAAUUGGGCAUCGAGAAAUAGCAUGUGUUAGCCAGCUUCCUCACCUACCCAAGUCUCCAAUAACCCUCUGUGGUCCGGGAACCUACGAACCGACGAGAGGAAGAAAGCUUAAGGCAUUGCACUGCUAUCUCAAGUUAAUCAGGUUCCUUCUCCCUGUGGAUCGAACCAUUUCAUCGGCGCAUCUCUGGCAUGGCGACCUACACGUUGCUAACAUCUUCGUAAAUCCUUCGGAACCUACUGAAGUUGUGGGCCUUAUAGAUUGGCAGUCUACCGAAUUAUCUCCUCUCUACUUUCAUGCCCGCCAACCUCAUAUACUCGACUAUGAUGGCCCGCCGGUCUCUAAUUUAGAGCGGCCGCAGCUACCAAAAGACAUAGAAAAGCUUGAAGCAACCGCAAAGAAACAAGCAGAGACUUUAUAUUUACAGCAAUCACUGUGCUCUCUCUACAACACUCUGAUUCACUAUAAAAACCCACAACUUUACGCUGCCCUUGAGUUCCAACAAACCACGAGCUACCUGCUUCUGCUCUUAGCACGUAACCUCCUCAUCGAUGGGGAGGCAUCCUACCUAUUGCAAGUGGCUGAGUUAGAGGCAACAUGGGUCGCUCUUCCCGGAGCUAAAGGCUCAACUUAUCCAUUCUCUUUUUCAUUGAAGGAACGGGAGGAAAUCGAGGCUGAGGUUGAAGGUGUAGUACGCGGUAUGGAAGCGAUGCGUUCAAUUUGGGAGAAUAUUGGUGGAUUAUUUCCUGAGCAGGGAAUAGUGAGGUCAGACCAAUACAAGGAGACGCUAAACACAUUAGCUCAGAUGAAGGACAAGGUUAUUAAGAAAUUUGCAAGCACUGAGCAGGAGAGAGAUGUUUGGCAGAAGAUGUGGCCAUUUGGGACUUGA